UACAUAUCGUGUCCUGAUGUAAACACCCACUUCUUCUAAAUCGCUCUAAUUAUGCAUUUCUAGUGUAGCCGAGGCUUGUCCACUGUCAGCUUCAGUCAAGGAUGGUCUCUCUGUCAGUGAUCAUCUGUUUGGGCACCGCUGUGCUGACACCAUGCUGGGCAUUCAGUUUGGAUACAGAAGACCCCAUUAUCUUCCAAGAAGCAGUAGCAGGCUUUGGGCAGAGUGUAGUCCAGUUUGGAAGUGGAGCAAAUGCAGGGGUGCUUGUUGGCGCCCCACUCCAGAAGGGAGAUGUGAACGAAACAGGUAAAUUGUACAGCUGUCAGCCAAUACCAGGCAAAUCGAGCAGAUGUCAGGAGGUGACUUUGCAAAUACCGGCCGAUGCAGUGAACAUGUCUCUUGGCUUAUCUCUUUCCACCCGUGGCUCUCAGUCACUGGUGUGUGGUCCCACAGUGUAUCAGACCUGUGGGGAAAAUAUAUACCUGAAGGGCUAUUGUUUCCUACUGGACCAGAAUCUAAGGCAAACACAGCGCUUUCCUGACAGCCUGCCAGAAUGUCCAAAGCGACUCACUGACAUCGUUCUUCUGGUCGAUGGUUCAGGGAGCAUUGGCUAUCAUGCGUUCAGACAGAUGAAGACAUUUAUAUCUGAAGUCAUGAAGCGUUUCCAGAAUACCAGCACCCAGUUUGCCAUGUCCCAGUAUUCUGGAGGAUAUCAAGAAGAGUUUGACUUUCUUGAGUUCCAGAGAACACCAGAUCCCGAUGCACUUCUCAGAAGAGUAUCGCAGCUGUAUGGGGCAACUUACACAGCUACAUAUAUCCAGAAAGUGGUGCGUGAGCAAUUUCUCCCAGAAAAAGGAGCCCGUCAGGAUGCCUCUAAGGUUCUCAUUGUGAUAACAGAUGGAGAGAAAUCAGGGGACCCCCUGGAGUAUAAUGAUGUUAUACCAGAAGCUGAGCAAGCCGGCAUCAUCCGAUUUGCUAUUGGGGUUGGACAAGCUUUCUCACAGGGCAGAGCCAAGCAGGAGCUCAUCAGCAUUGCCUCUACACCAGCCACAGACCAUGUUUUCCCAGUGAACAACUUCAAUGCUCUGAAGGACAUCCAGAAAAACCUUGAGGAUAAAAUAUUUGCCAUCGAAGGCACACAAUCCCAAAGCAGUAGUUCCUUCCAAUUAGAGAUGUCCCAGGAGGGAUUCAGUGCUUUGUUGACCCCGGAUGGUUCCAUGCUGGGAGCAGUAGGUGCCUAUGACUGGUCUGGAGGGGUCUUCCUAUAUGGGAACCGUGGUGAUUCAAAUUUUAUCAACAUAUCCCGUUUCACUAAGGAUCUGAAAGAUGCCUAUCUUGGCUAUUCAACGGCAACUGUCCAAGUGAAUGGACGUAACAGCUAUGUGUUGGGGGCUCCUCGUUACCAGCAUGUUGGCAAAGUUGUCUUGUUCAGCCAGGAAAAUGGGCAGUGGAGGCAAAAGUCAGAGCUGUCUUCAAAGCAGCCCCUCCAGAUUGGCUCAUACUUCGGGGCUGCUCUUUGUUCUGUGGACCUCGAUGGAGAUGCAAACACAGACCUUGUUCUCAUUGGUGCUCCUAUGUACUAUGACUCAGUGACCGGAGGAAGAGUCUACGUCUGUGAGAGACAGGGAGAGACGUUUCUCUGCAGAAAGGAGUUGCAGGGGGAGGCCAAACAUCCCUUCGGCCGUUUCGGGGCCUGCAUAGCAGAAAUAGGGGACAUUACAGGGGACCAAUGGGUAGAUGUGGCCAUUGGGGCUCCAAUGGAAGAUGAGGAUCAAGGAGCUGUGUACAUAUUCCGGGGAAACAGGAGGUCCCUCAAUGGAGCAUACAGCCAGCGCAUCCAAGUCUCUCUGCCUAGUAAGAGACUUCACUAUUUUGGCCAAACUAUUGGUGCUGGGUCAGACCUUACUGGAGACGGACUCCCAGAUGUAACAGUGGGGUCUGAGGGGCAAGUGUUCUUGCUGAGGACUCGGCCUGUGCUCAGUGUCACCUUCAGGAGCACCUUCAAUCCAUCCAUCAUCCCCCUCUCUGCCUUUGAGUGCCGGGACCAGGAGGUGCUGAACAAGGAGGUCAGCAAGGCAACUGUUUGUCUCACCAUCCGGUCGGACCCUAGGUUUAAAUUAGGCAACAACAUUUUGAAUACUAUUCGGUACACUUUGGCCCUGGAUCAUGGUCGAAUGAAUGUUCGGGCCAUUUUUGCUGGAGGUUCAGCCUCUUCCUCUGUCACUGAAGAGAUACGAGUGGGCUUGGUAACAGAAUGUAAGGACUAUCGCAUAAUAUUGCCGACCUGCAUAGAAGACAGCCUCAAUCCCAUAAACCUUCGCUUGAAUUAUACUCUGACUGGAGAGCCCAUUCGUGGCACUGAGAGCCUGCGAGCCAUCCUAGGCGAAGAUGAGCCCCAUCAGUUUAUGGCAUCAGUAUGUCUACGUUCAAUGUGCUUCCAGGGAACGUUGUCAGGUGGCAUGUUAUCUUUUGAAAAGAAUUGUGGUAGAGAUGGAAUCUGCAAAGAUAAAUUAAAAAUCUCUUUCAAUUUCUCUAGCCUUGACACACUAGUGGUGGGCCUGACGUCUGAGCUGAAUGCUACAGUCUUCAUCCGAAAUUCUGGAGAGGAUUCUUAUAGUACCACCGUGACAUUUUUAUACCCAUCUGCACUUUCCUACCGCCGGUUCAUGCUGCUGCAGUCCAACAGGAAAUAUGUCAUGAUUAAGUGUGCCUCCAUCCCCACGGCAGAGGAGGAUCCUGUGAGGAACACCACCUGUGGCAUCAACCAACCCAUCUUCCGAAGUGGAGCUGAGGUCAUCUUCAUUGCCACCUUUUCCAUCUCUCAGGAUGCAAAUCUGGGAAGUGUGGUGCAGAUCAAUGCCACAGCUGGCAGUGAAAACAAUGGCCCCACCACUCAGGACAUGAUUCACCAAGAAAAGUUGCCCGUCAAAUAUGCUGUGUCUGUCUUCGUCAAUGCUGUUGAUCAGUCAACCAAGAGCAUCAAUUUUUCUGCUGGCCAGGAAGGCGAAAGUCGGAUCGUAGAACACUACUAUGAGCUGAAGAACACAUAUCGGCGAAAAAUACCUGUCUCUGUGAGAUUUCGGUUUCCUGUGCAGCUGAAUAGCUCGUGGGUUUGGAAUGCAUCCGUGAAUUUCCUCCCUGAGGUGUCUUCCUUGGUUCAAUGUGUUCCUGAAAACAUAACCAUGGGAUCCAAGGAUUUUGUGAAACAUUUAAGAGAGCAUCCCAUUCUGGACUGUUCUGUAGCUACCUGUAAAACCAUACGUUGUGAUAUCGCAUUCUUGGACAUGGAGCGAGCUCUGAAGUUCACUAUCAAGGGGAACGUUAGUUUCAGUUGGGUCUCCCAGACCCAGAAAAAUACAUUGACCCUGGUGAGCUCAGCUCAGAUAUCCUAUGAUGAUAAGAAAUAUUUCCAAAAGGAAGGCUUUGUACAGAGCCAGGUGAAGACUGUAGUGGAACACUUGGUCAUCCACAACUAUCUGCCCAUCAUUAUAGGAAGCAGCGUGGGGGGUCUAAUCCUCCUUGCUCUGAUUGUUGCUGCUCUCUACAAGCUUGGGUUCUUCAAGCGACAGUACAAACAGAUGAUGGAUGAGGCAACAGAUGGAAGCGGCGAAGCGGCUGGACCUUCACAAGACGUCAGCCCCAGUCCUGAUGCUACCAAAGGAUAACCAAGCCCACAAUCCAUGCUUUCUUUAGGAUCCCUUCUGGUACUUCCACCACACUCAAAUUAAAUUUGGCACCGAACAAGAAGAAAGGACUACUCCAGGGAGUAGCUAAGGUCUGCUUCCUAUGUUACAUUUUUCUUACACCGAAAAAAAAAUUGAUGGUAGGAAAUGACAUUAAAACAUAUAAAUUAAUAUUCAUGAGAACUGCACACAUGCUGAGAAGUUACAGGAAAAGGGAAGUUCCCAGUAGGUAUGCACACACUGAAACACGCACUUACGUUGUGUGUUUAUGAUCUGUUUAUGAUUAUUUAUAUUUAUCAUAUAAACAUAAUUUAUAUGAUUAUGUUAUAUGAUCACAGAACUAGAUCAUCUCUUACAAAGAAGUGCUAUCUUUCCGGGGGGUGGGAUGCCCACCAUGGACCAAAAUUUGCAUUAACAGAGGUGAGUUAAUGCAAGUGAAUUAAAAUAAUGACCCUCUUCUCUUCCAAUAGAAUAUAUUACCUUCCAACCAAAAAACAUGCUUCCCAGGGGAAAAAAUCCAAGCUGAGUUGUGUACUCACCUUUUAAAAAUUCAUUUAAAACUAGCUAAACCCAGUUAAAAUACAGGCUUUUUUCCUAGUGUAA